GUUCAUGUACACCAUUGUGUUCAUUUUUUAUGCCCAGUCUCUCCUCCUGAUGUUGCUGUUCAGACCAGCUCUUCUCCACUUAAGAUUUAAGAGUCUAUCAGGAGCUUCAACUGCUGUCUAUGUUGCCAUGUACUUCCUCCCUCUCUACAUCUUCCUCCAGGCUGUUAUUGGUGGUCUCCUGUGUAAGUUCCAGUGCCUCCUGUACACCAUUGUGUUCAUUUUUUAUGCCCAGUCUCUCCUCCUGAUGUUGCUGUUCAGACCAGCUCUCCUCCACUUAAGAUUUAAGAGUCUAUCAGGAGCUUCAACUGCUGUCUAUGUUGCCAUGUACUUCCUCCCUCUCUACAUCUUCCUCCAGGCUGUUAUUGGUGGUCUCCUGUAUUAUUCCUUUCCCUACAUCAUCAUAGUGCUUGCUCUGGUGUCCAAUGCUGUCCACUUCUCAUGCAAACUUGAUCAAUCCAUGCACUACCUGGUAAAGUCAUCAGCUACAAACCUCCGGAAUGUGUUAAUCAUAGGAGGAAACAUGUGCUUCCUUGCAUAUGGUAUUGUGUCCCUGACCUUGCUGGAGAAUCCAGUCAUCUAUGGACCUCUGCUUGGGCUGGUGCCAUUGCCCACUAUUUUCUACAUUCUUACUGCUCGCUUCACAGAGCCUGGGAAGUUGAAUAUACUUCAAGCAUUGACUCUGCCAGAGCCUUCAUAUCAAGGCCCAGACCAAGUGAUCUACUUUUCUGGGCCCAACUUGGAAGAGGAGAUCUCUGGUGAUACAAAGAUAACAUGGCUUGUGGCAUUUUAUGCUGCAUGGAGCCCACCUUGUGUUCAAUUUGCACCAUUGUUUGCAAAGCUAUCAGCUGAGUAUGGCCUUGAUAAUCUCAAGUUUGGGAAACUGGAUGUCACAAGGUAUCCAGAAGUAGCUAAGAAGCACUAUGUGAAUGAUGCAUCAUACAGCAGGCAACUUCCAACCGUGAUACUCUAUCGCAAUGGAAAAGAAGCCAUACGACGACCAAUGGUUGACUCCAAGGGCCAUGAUCAUCAUACAGUGACUGCCGAAUGGUACAUCAAAGUAUGUCUGCCCGCCGUCUUGGCUGAAGUGAAGCAGAUGCAUCCAAAGACUGGUCUUCGUGGGUUGCUCCUUCAUCACAACAACGUUCCUGCUCACACUGCAGUUCGCACUUUGGACUUUCUGGUGGAGCAGGGAAUGUUGGAUGUCUUAGCAGGAGCUGAGGCUGUAGCCAAAGCUUCACAUCCAAAACAUGAUGGUGGUAAAAAAUAUCUGUAUGGGACAGCUGGGUUCCGAAUGUCUGCCUUGGAUCUGGAUUUCAUCAUGUACCGUAUGGGGCUGUUGGCAGUACUGCGAUCUCGUAAACUUGAUGGUGCUACUGUUGGAGUGAUGGUCACUGCCUCUCAUAACCCUGAAGAAGACAAUGGAGAAAUGCUUGCUCCAUCUUGGGAAGAAUUAGCAACUGCCCUGGUUGCAAUCCCUGAUUCACAUCUGGCAUCAUACCUCAGAGAAAUUGUGGUAUCAGAGGGCAUUGGGAUGGAGGGAUCUUGUCAUGUUCUUGUGGGACGUGACACAAGGGAGAGUAGUCCAAGGCUCAGUGCAGCUGUUGAAGAUGGGAUUGCAGCUCUAAAAGGGUCUUGUCUGGAUUUUGGGGUUGUCACAACUCCUCAACUUCAUUAUUUUGUCGUCUGCCAAAACUCAGGAAUUUCCUUGGAACCAAUCAGUCUCUAUGAGGACCUUUACAUGAAGAAACUGGCUGGGGCAUUCAAUAGCCUGAUGACUGGAUUAUCUGGGAACCAUUAUGACAAGAAGGUGAUAUGUGAUUGUGCUAAUGGUGUUGGGGCACUAAAGAUGAAGGAACUUGCACCAAAGAUCUCUUCUUUCCUCACCAUUGAGAUUAGGAAUGCUGGGGAGGGUCGACUCAAUCACAGUUGUGGUGCAGAUUUUGUCAAGGUGCAGCAUCGGGCACCUGUUGGAAUUUCAGCAGAGCACACUGGGCGUUGUGUGUCCAUAGAUGGUGAUGCUGAUCGAGUUGUAUAUUUCUAUCAUGACAACGAUGGUAAAUUCCAUCUCCUUGAUGGGGAUAAGAUAGCUACUCUUAUUGCUGCAUAUCUGAAGGAACUCAUCAAUGAUUGUGGACUGAGUCUUCGACUUGGUCUUGUACAGACUGCUUAUGCCAAUGGAAGUUCCACAAUCUAUAUACAAGAAAAACUUGGAGUUCCUGUUUCCUGUGUUCCAACUGGUGUGAAGUAUUUGCAUCACAAGGCACUGGAAUAUGAUAUUGGAGUUUACUUUGAAGCCAAUGGUCAUGGAACUGUUGUCUUCAGCAAAGAAGCUGAAGCUCAGAUUUUGAGUGCUGCAGAGAAAUCAACUGGGCCAGGAAUAGAAGCAGCAACUCGCUUAAGGAAUUCCUUGGAACUUAUCAAUCAGAGUGUUGGCGAUGCACUUUCUGACUUUCUCUUGGUGGAAACCAUAUUGGCCUUCAAGGACUGGUCACCAUCAGACUGGGAUGCUGCAUACACAGACCUGCCCAGUCAGCAGGUCAAGGUUCAUGUUGCUGAUCGCACUGUGAUUACAACAACUGAUGCAGAACGAAAGUGUGUUACACCUGAUGGUCUUCAAUCAGCAAUCACAGAAGUAGCAAACAGGCAUGGGAAGCUUGCAAGGGCCUUUGUCAGACCUUCAGGUACAGAGGAUGUAGUUCGUGUGUAUGCUGAAGCCUCUACUUGGUCUGAAGCUAAGGAACUUGCAAAUGAAGUUGCUGCUCUUGUUCACCACAUGGCAGGAGGCGUCAUCAAGAACUUCAAGCGCAACUACCAAGACUGGGUUGGCUGGAUUGAGGUACCUGCAGGUGGGCCGAAAACUAGGAAGGAGCCAGUGCGACGUUUCACAAUAGUCAAUCACAGUGGUCUCACCCUUCAAACCAUCACUUAUGGGGCCACACUUACAUCACUUCAAGUACCUGAUCGAGAUGGAGAACUGGAGGAUGUUGUACUUGGCUAUGACACUUUCCAAGCAUAUAUCUUUGACACUCGAUACUUUGGCUGCACUGUGGGAAGGUUCACAAAUCGCAUAGCCAAUGGGAGGUUCAGACUUGGGGACCGUCUUUAUCAACUACCAAUGAAUGAUGGCCCUAAUCAUCUUCACGGUGGGCCUCGUGGUUUCCACAAGCAGCUGUGGAGUUCACAUGUGGAAGGUGAUAGUGUGUUGUUCUCAUAUCUAAGCCAGGAUGGUGAGGAAGGAUACCCUGGAGAGGUUAUGUGUCAUGUCAUGUAUCACCUGACUGCUGCAAAUGAGGUUGUGAUCAGUUACAAGGCCACUUCCACAAAGCCAACUCCUGUGAAUCUCACCAAUCAUUCAUAUUUCAACCUGGCAGGCCAUAAUGCUGGGAGCAGUGCUCUUUAUGAACAUGAAGUUUGGCUUAAUGCAGACUCUUACACACCAGUCAAUGAAAAUGGGAUUCCCCUUGGAACUCGUGAAGCUGUGGCUAACACACCUUUUGACUUCAAAGUUCCACGUAAACUUGGUGAUGUAUUACCUGAGGCUGGAGGUGGAUUUGAUCAUAACUUCUGCAUCAUUGGUGGUAGUGAGAACUCUGGGACAAGUGGAGACAGAAUGAAUCGAGUGGCCAAAGUGACCCAUGCUCCAAGUGGUCGAGUCAUGGAGGUUCUGUCUACUCAACCUGGUGUUCAAUUCUACACAGGGAAUUUCCUUCCUGAGACAGGUGAUGAUUCGUGUCAAGGGAAAGGUGAUGCAAUCUAUCACAAGCAUGGUGGUCUGUGUCUUGAGGCUCAAAAUUUUCCUGAUGCCAUGAACCAUGCCUCAUUCCCCAAUUGUAUUUUGGCCCCAGGAAGUGUGACAUUGGAUUCCAGAGCUGCUUUUAGGGUCAUCAAGGUGGAAAUGGAAUUGGAAGAAAUCUCCACUGAGAAAUGUUUUGAUGGCUUCCAGAAAGUUUUUAAGCAUCAGAGGACAUUGGAUCCCAGAGCUGCUUUUAGGGUCAUCAAGGUGGAAAUGGAAUUGGAAGAAAUCUCCACUGAGAAAUGUUUUGGUGGCUUCCAGAAAGUUUUUAAGCAUCAGAGCACUGAGUUGAAAUGCCAGAUGGCAUUUGCUGUGUACCUGCCACCUGCAUAUGAGUCAGAACCAGUACCAGUCCUCUACUAUCUAUCUGGACUGACUUGCACUGAGCAGAACUUCAUUCAAAAAGCUGGGGUGCAACAGCAUGCAUCUAAAUAUGGAGUGUUGAUUGUUAGCCCAGACACCAGCCCUCCUGCUUUGAAUGUAUCCUGGAUCAGUGAUGUAGCCCAAAUUGAAAUUUUAGGUGGAUGUGAUAUCCCUGGAGAGGAUGAUUCCUGGGACUUUGGCAGUGGUGCUGGAUUCUAUGUGGAUGCUACAGAGGAGAAGUGGAAAUACAACUAUCGCAUGUACUCAUACAUCACAAAGGAACUGCCUGCUCUCAUUAGAAAGCAUUUCAAAGUUGGUGAAAAGCAGGGUAUUUUUGGGCACAGUAUGGGAGGGCAUGGAGCACUGAUCUGCUCUUUGAAAAACCCUGGCAUGUAUGCAUCUGUAUCUGCCUUUGCCCCAAUCUGCAACCCAACUAUGUGUGCCUGGGGAAAGAAGGCUUUCUCUGGGUACCUGGGAGAGAAUGAGGAAGUUUGGAAAGAAUAUGAUGCUUGUCACCUGAUUCGUAAAUAUUCUGGCCCUCCUUUGGAAAUCCUUAUUGACCAGGGUACUGAAGAUGCAUUCCUCAAAGAUAAGCAAUUGCUUCCAGAGAACUUCGUAACUUCCUGCAAUGAGGCAGGACUCAAGUCAACUUCUGUGAUCUUGCGAAUGCAAGAAGGAUACACCCAUAGCUACUAUUUCAUUGCUUCUUUCAUGGGAGAUCACAUCAGUCAUCAUGCCAAGCAGGAGUUUGAGAUCACACAUGAGAAGGGGAAUUUUGGACACUGGGAGUAUGGAGCAAGAUAUGUUGAAUCUCUGCCAUAUUUUGGUACAAACAUUGGUUAUGUCCAUUUUGUUGUGAAACCUUCAGGCCAGCAUCAGUUCCUGAUCAGUGCUAAUCACACCAACUGUGUCUUCCAUGAACUCUAUUGUAACUUGAUGUUUGUAAGCAUGAGAUCCCAACUCUUGUCCCUUCUGCAGAGAUGGAAUCCCCCUCGAAUCCCUUUGCACAUGGCAAGAAGGCAUCAAAGUACAGCUGAUUUGGGAGGUGAUGAGAAUCCCCUUGUGGUGACUGAGAAGAUGGAAAAUGUGACUCUGAUUGGAAUUAACAGGCCUCAGAAGAGGAAUUGUGUCAAUGUUCCAACUGCAAGGGCACUUCGAGAUGCAUUCCAUGCAUUUGAAGAAGAUAAUGAGGCAUAUGUAGCAGUAUUGUAUGGAAAGGGAGGAACUUUUUGUGCUGGUUAUGACCUCUCUGAUGUAGCCUCAGCUGCUUCAAAUGAGGAAGUUCAAAAUGCUGUGGUUGAUCCAAGUGAAGGCCCAAUGGGCCCUUCACGUUGGUUGAUCAGCAAGCCUGUCAUCGGUGCCAUUGAGGGAUAUGCAGUUGCAGGGGGGCUGGAAUUGGCACUCUUGUGUGACAUGAGAGUCGUAGAAGAGAAUGCAGUUAUGGGAGUCUUCUGCAGGCGCUUUGGAGUACCUCUGUUGGAUGGAGGCACUGUUCGUCUUCCAGCCGUGGUGGGCUUUGCAAGGGCCAUGGACCUCAUAUUGACUGGGAGACCCAUCAGGGCCAAAGAGGCCUUUGAAUGGGGUCUUGCCAAUCGCCUUGUUGCCACUGGCACAGCUUUGGGACAAGCAGUUCAGCUUGCAAAGUCCCUGGUCAAAUUCCCUCAGGACUGCCUGAAGGCAGACCGUCGUUCAGCUUACUAUGCCACUUUUGAUGCAAAGGAUCUGAAAGAUGCGUUCCGAAAUGAGAUCUUCUAUGGGAGACAUAUUCUGACCAAGGCAUCAUUCUUCACACUGUCGUCAGAAUGGAGCUGGAGCAAUGAAGUGAGUACCAUGUGGAAGAUCAUCAAGACACUUCGAACUCAUUGGAAGAAGUCAAUAUUCUUUGCAUCUGUUGCCUUCUAUGGUGGGAAUUAUGUGAGAAAGCAGCUGAACCAGAAUGCUUUCAUGAGGCAGCUGUGUGAGGAGGCUCUGCAGUAUGGGAACUUACCUCAGCCUGUGGGAUCCAAGAGUCGGCACAUCACAGUGAUCUUGAAUCCUGUGGCACGAGGUGGGAAAAGUCAGAACCUCUUUGACAAGUACUGUGCCCCUCUCCUGUACCUUGCUGGGAUUCGAGUGAGUCUCAUUCGGACUGAAGCAGAAGGACAGGCAAGAGAUAUAAUGGAGGUCAUGGACAACACUGAUGCUAUACUGGUUGCAGGAGGAGAUGGCACUGUGUCAGAAGUCCUGACUGGCCUUCUCAGGCGACAAGAUACCACUCAUGCAGCCCGAAGGUUCCCCAUUGGAAUUGCUCCUCUUGGCCGCACCAACCAAUUGGUGUCAAGACUGGUGGGCCACCCUUCAGGCAGUGUGGAACAGAUGGCUGAGGCAACCAUGGAAACCAUCAGGCAGAUUCACCACCCAGCCAAUGUGUUGCAGGUGUCCCCCAUUGCUUCAGAAGAAAAGGAAGGAGACAAGGAAACCUCCUCACGCCCCAUUUGUGCCAUGAAUCAGGUUGCAGUUGGUCCCUUUUUAGAUGUUGAUGCCAAGAUAAAAAGCCUAUGGUACUUUGGGCCGUUUGCCAAGCAUGUGGCAUAUGUAUGGGCCACAUUGAAGAGCAGCCCCUGGUUUAUGGAGUGGAAGGGCUUGUAUCAAAAUCCUUGCAAAGGCUGUCGUCGCUGUCAAGACCAGGAGAAGAAGGGUGGAUCACAUGAAGAAGGAUCUGGUACCAGUCGGUGGUGGCAUGCCUUUGUCCGACCUACCAGAGACCAUUUAAAAUCCACGCAAAAAGCUGUUGAGCAAGAUAUUAUAAAUCCUGAUUGUGGAACCUGGCAUGACAUUUCUCUUCAGUCUGUGUUCCUUGAAGUGAGACCAAGUGAUCCAGCCAUGGAGAUGUGCUACAUUCCAGCCCAGAUCUCUCGGUGGUCCUUCAUACACCUGGGGAUGGACCCAGAUGAUCGUCGGGAUGUAAGUUUGACGACCAUGACGUGGGACUUCGGGAACUUGGACGACAAGAGCUCGGCCGUGGAUUCGAGGUCCCACCGGGCAUACCUCCUGUUGUCUCGG